AUGGAUACAUUCCAGCAACAUAUCGAAGACCACGAGGCCAAUAGAGCCAUGAUCAAAAACCCGAUUUUCUUCUGGAAGGUCACCUCGCACUUCGGCGAGUUCAGCCAGUGGCACAGAUCCGAGUUCGUGUGCGAUGAUGAGAAGUUCUCAACAGCAGAGCAGUACAUGAUGUACAAGAAGGCCUUGAUGUUUGGCGACACUAGGAUGUCAGAGAGAAUCCUCUGCUCAUCCUCAGCUUCCCCAAGAAAGCACAAGUCGAUGGGAAGAAUGGUUGCAAACUUCGACCCAGAUAUCUGGGAGUCCAGGAACAUGAACGUGGUGAUCAACGCCAACUACUGCAAAUUCACGCAGGACGCCCACCUCAUGGAGAUCCUUCUAGGUACAGCUGACAGUCUGAUCAUAGAGGCUAGUCCAACCGACAGGGUCUGGGGGAUCGGGUUUGACUCGGCGCAUGCGAUGGAGAAUGUCGGAAGAUGGGGCCAGAACAGGUUGGGGAGGAGUUUGAUGUCGGUUAGAUCCAUGGUCAGGGACGUGUUGACAAGGAUGCCGACCGGUAUGAGAUCGAGGGUACCAGUAGAUAUACCCGUUGUUGCUAUCUGCUAUCGCUGCAUCUCUACGACUGCGAUAACUCCUUCUACCGGGAAUAAUAUUCGCAGUGAAGCCAGCCUCAUGAUCACGACCUGCAGCGACUGUAUGAAGACCCACGUGCUGUCAACUGGAAUUGUGGAUCGCAACACCCUCGCGAUCAUAAUGGAACUUCUGCCCUCGGAAACGAAGACGCUUGUGAACUCAGAGAUGAUCCUGAGCAAGACACCCUACAUGAUCAUCCACCCUGAUGUGCUUGCGUUGCUGGAUAUAAGCAGCUGCACACUGUCCGAUCUACAACUACCCCCUGAAGAUGACCUGGACCCUGGGCUUCGAAUACAUCCAGGCGAGAUGUUGCGGCAUCUAACCCAACCCCCGAAGACGAUCGUGGAGACUAACAAGUUCGCAAGUGGAGCCAUCUACAUGUCCACCGUUAGGAGCGUCAUCACGAAGUACGCCGGGCGCAACAGCAAGUUCAUGUCUGUCGUCUGCAUGGGACGUCAGACCAACUACACAUCUUCCUUCGCCAACAUCAACGCGGUCGGGUAG